AUGUUCCGCUUCUUGGUGGUCCUGUCCCUGCUGGGCCUUGGCUCGAGCCUGGUUCUGACCGACAAGACGCAGCCCGCCGUGAACGCCAGCAAGACGGACGAGACCGUGGCCCUGGCGUCCGAGGAGACGGUGGGUGUGGACAACCCUGAACCGAUCAAGAAGACUGCGGAAGAGCUGGCCGAGGACAAGGCAGAGCUUGCGCAAAUCGAGAAGCAGGACAAAGAGGGCAACCUUCUCAGCGAGUCUGACCGCAAGGGGCUGGAGGAGACGCUGAAGGAUGAGAAGGUGACUGCAAAGUCAGGCUCCGAGUCUGACGAAGAGGCCGACGAGCCUGAGGACGAAUCCAGCCCCGAGAUCAUGGCCCAGGAGAAGGUGGCCGCAGCCGCAGAGGAGGCAGACUCUGACGAGGGCCCCGACAGCGUCCCUGAAGCCGAAGACGAGUCCGAGCCGUCCCAGGCGUACUUCUUCGACUCAGACAUUGCAGCUACACUGUUACAUGUAUCCCGAGCAUCCCAGAAACUCGAUAUUUUGUCGGCUGUAGCCGAGGCCAUGAAGCGCCCUGCCGCGAAAGCCGAGAGCAAGGCCAAGCGCGCCAGGCACACUGAUCACAUCACGGACAUCACGGACACUUGA